AUGAGUCCUGACAAAAGUAGAAACCCAGGGCACCAGUUCGUGUGCAACGUCACCUUUUCCCCCAGCCUAUGUGGUCAGCAAAUGUCCCAUCAAUGUGUCAGUCCCGAGAGGGGACUUACUAUCCAGUCUGACUCGGACACGUACGACACACUAAAGUUGGUGGGUGAGGGCAUUUAUGGUGAAGUGACCAAGUGUCGCAAGAGAAGCACAGGUCGGUUUGUGGCCUUGAAAGCCCUCAAGCACAUCUGCUGCGGCUCGACUGAGAUCAGGAUCUUAAAGCUCUUGGGCAAGACGGAUGCGGAUGAAUUUCAUAUUGUUCGUCUCUUGGAGUAUUUCCAUGUCAAUGCCAGGCCCCACCUGGUGUUUGAACUUCUGGAUCAGAGCCUGCUCGACUUUCAUAAAGCGACCGACUUUGCUCCCCUCCCCGUGAAGCACAUCCGAGUAAUUGCCACGCAGCUUCUGAAGGCUUUGGUCAAGCUGAAGGAGUUGUCCAUCAUCCACACUGACCUGAAACCUGACAACAUCAUGUUGGUCAAUCAUGUGCAGUUCCCUUUCAGGGUUAAGCUCAUUGACUUUGGAUCGGCCAGUGUACUGACUGAGGUUCAACAUAUUCAAGAGCCGUACAUUCAGGCCAGAUAUUACAGAUCCCCCGAGAUCCUACUGGGCUUGCCUUUCUGUGAGAAGAUGGACAUGUGGUCGUUGGGCUGUGUGCUGUCUGAGCUGCGACUGGGCCGCCCGCUCUAUCCUGGCAGGAAUCAAUACGAGCAGAUCAUGUACAUUGUUCAAACCCAAGGCUUGCCCAAAGACUACCUGCUCGACCAGGCCAGCAGAUCCCAUCUUUUCUUCACAAGACACUGGCGUCCCUUUACAGCUCAUCAGUGGGAACUCAAAUCACCACGGGAAUACCCAUCCCAUGCAUCGGUGCCACCUUUGGAGACUGGGAGACCCACCUUGAAGUCCCUCGACCAAAUGGAGGCGUUGAGCAUCACCCACGCUCUGCUCCUGGACGACGAGGAAAGGGCCGAGUACCACGAUUGCAGCAACAUGGUGCAACUCCUGAAGAGAAUGCUCAGCCUUGAUCCCAAAACGCGCAUCGCUCCCACAGCCGCCUUGAGGCACCAGUUCAUCAGCUUACAGCAACUGCAAGCGAACCACGACCGCACAGAGUAUUACAGACUCUCUAUCCAAGGCCUCAGUGCUGCAUUGAUGUACAACAGAGCUGAAAGGGAUGAGGACAACCAGCACAUGCUCGAGUGCUCUCAUCACACCAGUACUUUGGACAAUAAGAGCAAGCAGACACAAGGCAAUUGCAGUCGUGCCUCGGAACACAGGGCAACUGACCAAAAGGACCACUUGGCCAUCAAACAUUCAGGAAGAGCAAUGUCUCUUAACAUGACCAUUGGAGGGGCCAACCUUGUGCAGAACAAACCUUUCACCUCGCAUGCUAAGAAUCCCAAGCACCUCACUCACUCCUAUCAAGGCGAUUGCCAACACAUAUCCUGGUGCGUGCAGAGGAACUUCACUGAAUCCGUUCAGGGCGGUCUGACCUGCCAGCCUCGGGAGGACCAAUACAAGGUGCCUCCUCAGCGAAGGGAAGAUGUCAGCUUCGAGGAAGUGACUACGCUGGAACAGGAAGCUGAUCAAGGAAUCGACAUCAAGAAGGAUAUCAACACCAACAAAUUCUCCAUAGCUGUGUACUCUCUGAAACGAUCACGUGAGAUUCAGGAUAGGGAGACGAACGAGGCAACUUGCUCCAAAGGACAAGCCACUCUACAGCCAGAUGGAGCCUCUCAGGAACAUACAUCUCCCAAGCGGAGCGAGCUUCCCACACGCAGGAGAGGUUCCCGGAAGCCUUCCACCACAAAGCCAGAGGUGGCAGCGUCAAGAUCCAAACCAGCUCCUGCGGACAGUUUCUCUGUAGCCCCCAAACCACCUGAGUCCAAGAUGGCAAUAUUUGUCCAUCGGCACGGGGAGCCAGGGCUGCAGCUGGCCAAACAGCAAGUCUUGGGUUCAAACAUCAAGAUGAAGUUUUCAUUGAGCCAGCUAUUAGAGGCCAAAGAUUGCGAGGAGGAGGCGAGUGUGGAUGGAAGCAAGCUGAUGUGCAGUGUUCCUUAUAGACAGUUCAAGUAUCUCACUGUGAAGGAUCGGAAGCUGAAUAAUGAGCUUGGACCAGAUAAGUUCACUGAUCUCAUAAAGAAAUAA